AUGACAGCUGUCAACGACGAUGACCAAAAACCGGGGUACGACACACCAUCACGCGUGACUCCCACUCCACCCGUUGUACCUAAAUCUGACAAUCGACCUGUGAAGAAACCUUUGCCAAAACCAACCCGUGCGCCAACCCCCCUUGCAGCUCUUAGGACACCCGUGCCACACAGAGACGAGUACCCUGAGCAGUCCGAUGUAAGUGAACCCCAAUCAAACAUUGUUGGUGACCUCAUUCGUCUUAUUCAAAGAGCCGGUGGCAUGACUAACUUCUGCAACAUUUUAAAAAACAACAUGGCGACGCAAUCCACUUCUAGUUUUUCCCAAAGGCGAGCCUACAACAACAGGGGGGACAGUGAGAACACCAUAGUGUUCGAGUCACCCAACCUUCCUCCGAUAUUAGUGGCGUUGUCUAACUCUUCAAUCUACACCAAGGAAAUUAACGUUUUCCAGAAGUCUUAAACCCGAACAUAGUGCUCCGAAUUGUGUGUUUUGUAACAUGUGAUAUCAUAUGUAACAUUAGUCUCUAUGUGUUCACUGAUGCGUGUUAGUUUCAAACGCGUGUCAUAAUUUACCAUGCAUUGCUCAUGUACCGUAGUUUAUAUUGUAGCUUAUUGCAUUUAUUUAUAGUUUUGUAUUCUCAGUGCCCUCCCUGUUUGUAUUAGUAAUAGUCAUAAUUUAAUUUUUGUAAUAGUCUAACAAUUUAUAAUUAGAAAUGGAUUUAAUUAAAUUGCAAGCUUUUAAUUAAUACGAA